CCCAUUGUCAGUAUGCUCUAUUGUUGUUACUGUAAACAGGAAUAAAUAGUUCUUGGUUAUUUUUUACCCCAGUAAAGUUGUUGAUGCAACAAGUAACUAUUUGCACCAAAAAGAAUACUGAAGGUAAGGCAAUCGAAUCCAUAAAGCACAGAAGGGAGUCUUUCUAGUAAGAUAUAUUGAAAAGACCUGCACUGCCACGGAUAAAAGUUACGCAUUAUGAUUUCAGUGUGCUGGAAUUCAGAAUACAGACGUAUUGAGAGAUCUGACUCAAUCAUACAGCUCAGAAAAUGUGCAAGAGAAGUCGCUGAUUUCAGUGAUGACGAAAGCAGACCUUUAAUCUCUUGGAAGGACCAUCCAAUACAGAAUUCUGAAAAUGAAGAAGAGGAACAGAAUUCCAGAAGAAAACCUAAGAAGACGAAUCUUCAAGAAACCCAUGAAAGUCUGGACUAUUUGCCUUCUCACAGCGAAACAUACAAAACAUAUCUCAAAGAAAAGCCUCACAGCUCAGACUGGGAUCGCUGGUUCAUGAUGGGUCUCAUUGGAGGUGUGGUGGGUGCAAUGGGAUUUCUAAUGCAUCAAAUAAUUGAUACACUUUUUGAACUGAAGUGGGAGCUUGUAGAAAAGUAUAUUCAGCACAGUGACUUUCUGACCACCUGGUUGUUUAUCUUGGGGAUUGGAUUUGGCAUGGUAAUGGUUUCAUCUGGACUUGUGGUGUUUUUUUGUCCUUCAGGCUCUUCAAGUGGUCUUCCUGAAGUGAUUGGGUAUCUAAAUGGAGCAUCACUCAGACAUAUUUUCAAUAUAAGAACUUUUUUUGGAACUUUCUUUUCUUGCGCCCUAGCAGUGGCUGCAGGUCUCUUUUGUGGCCCAGAAGGACCCAUGAUCCAUGUGGGGGCAGUGGUUGGUUGUGGUUUGAGCCAGUUUAAGUCAGAUACACUACGCAUAAACCUUCCUUGCUUUACAAGAUUUCGUAACUCAGCUGAUAAGAGACAAUUUAUUACCGCUGGGGCAGCUGCAGGAAUUGCUUCUGUGUUCCGGGCUCCCGUUGGCGGACUCCUGUUUGCCUUGGAGGAGGUAGCCUCAUUUUGGGAUAUAAAGCUGGCAUGGCAAACAUUCUUCUGCUGUUUGAUAGCUUCUUUCACCACCGAGGUGCUCUCAUCUUCAUUUGGUGGCUUUGAAUAUGAAGGUUACUUUGGGUUUCUCAAAGCUGAACAAAGAAUCACAUUUUGGGUGAAAAACUUGCUGGAUAUGAGUGUCUUAGCUUUCAUUCCCACCAUUAUCCUUGGAGUUAUUGGAGGACUGUUAGGUGCUCUGUUCGUAUUUUUAAAUGUGCGCAUCAAUAAAGUACGUAUAAAGCUAUUCAGUGCUGUAAAGAGGAAGUGGCUAAGGCAAAUUAGCAAACUCCUGGAAACUUUGUUGUUACUGGUAGUAACUAUGACAGUUACCGUGUUUGUCCCAUACUUCUUCCCUUGUACUGAAGACCCAGUAACGUAUCAAUUCUUAAAUUCAUCUGAAGACUCACUUGGUGAUCACCUUCCAUGGGACGUGUCUGAAUAUAACUGCCCACCUGCCACAACGUGGAUUGGACCUGAUGGAAUUUUAAAUUCAAACUACACUAUUAACCAAGCUGCUGCGUUGUUGGUGAAAAAUGGGAAGCAAGGAAUCCCACUCUUGUUCCAGCGUGGAAAUCAUGAAAAAUUUGGAUUUCCUGCUCUCUUUACCGCACUUGUUCUCUAUUUUUGCAUUUCCUGCUGGACGGCUGGAACAGCUGCUGCAACUGGUCUGGUUGUCCCCAUGCUAUACACUGGAGCCUUGUUUGGCAGGACUGUUGGUCUAAUUAUGGUGUAUAUAUUUGGGGUUCAAAAUGAUGAGCAUUGGACAUGGAUUGACCCUGGGCUUUUUGCAACUAUUGGAGCAGCUGCUUAUUUUGCUGGUGUAUCCCGACUAACGAUUUCCCUUACCAUUAUUAUGGUGGAGCUAACAAAUGAUGUGCAGUCCAUUAUGCUGAUAAUGGUGGCAGUGAUGGUUGGCAAAACAGUCGGAGAUUACUUCAAUCACUCCCUUUUCAGUUCUCUGUUGCACCUCAAGUGUAUUCCACAUUUAGAAGCAGAGCCAAACGUGGUCCAUGGGAAGAAGAAGGUAAACCUGGAAUUGUUCGCUGCCAAAGAUGUCAUGAAGAAAUGUAAAGCUAUCCACCUAAAGGAAAAUGUGUUCUCGUUGGCCAGUAUCCUUAAUGAUACCACGUACAAUGGAUUCCCAGUGGUUUACAGUCCAGGACCAGGUCAGGAAGAAGUCUUUCUUGGAACAAUUACAAGGUUGGAGCUGUGCAUGUUACUGUCUAACAGGCAGAUAUUCCAAACACCUGAAACAAGUAACAUUGACACUUGUGUUCUAAAAUAUCAGGAGGUAACUGUGGAGAAGGUCCCUGAUGAAGGUCAGAUGAAAUCACUGCUAACAAAAUAUUCCGCAGACCCUCAGUAUCAGCAGCUCUUCAUCAAUCUGGAACCUUACAUAAACAAGUCAGCUGUGGCUGUCCAAAGCCAUUUUUCACUUCAUCGAACAUAUGUUCUGUUUCGGACUCUGGGACUUCGCCAUCUCACUGUGGUUGAUCUUCAGAAUCGGGCCGUUGGAAUGAUCACCAGAAAGGACCUCAUAUCAUUUCAGCUGGAGAAGAUGCUGAUUAAAUUGGACUCUGGGAAACUGGAUUCCGAUGAAGAACUCUUAAAGUAGAACCUAAUGAGUGGCGUUGUAGGACCACAGUGAAAGGAUUUAACAAUAAA